CUCCCCCAAAAGCUGUACUUUGACGAGUAAUAUGGAUCUACAUUUUAUUUAUACUCUUCAAAAGGAUGGUAUUACAAAAAAAAGGUCGAAUGCACGGCUGCUCUGAGAAAAUGUCAUCAGAGGACAAAAGUGUGGAGGCAUCUGACCUAGGACCGCCACCUCUUUCUGCCGCCCUUGCGGCUGUUCCUGUUGGCAGCCCUGUAAAUAAUGACAAACGGCCACGGGGGCGGCCUCGUAAAGAUGGCACAACUCUGCUACAGAAGAAAAAGAAGUCUCGAAGCAGGGGGAAGAUGGUUGUUGAAGAUGAUGACAGUAUGGAUGGGUUGGAGACAACAGAAAAUGCAAUGGAAACAGAAGCUAAAGAUGACUCACUGGAGGAGGACAUCCUUACAGAAAUGGAGACCAAUGAGCAAUCACCUCUCUUGCAGCGCUCGGUAUCUGAUGAGUCUGCCAGCUCCAUAGCCUCAAUCAAUCUCAAUACAAAAACCAGCAAUGAACAGCUCUGUGCCUUGUGCUAUUGUGGUGAGCGGAGCUCACUGGGGCAGGGUGAGUUGAAAAGAUUCAGCCCAACUCCAGAUUUCACUGCAUUAAGAAAGAGCCCAUCUCAAGCAAAGCAAGACAGUACUGACAAUUCAGAAGAUAGUAAUGACAAGAGUCACAAGCAGUGUUCCACUUCACAAAGGCCACAGAAAAAGUCUCCUUCCCACCCUGCGCCUGCUGCUGUUCCAGUGGCUCCUGAAGAACAGAUAUGCAGAUUUUGGGAUGAACUCAGUCAAGUUGGCCUUCCUGAUGGUAUUGAUAUUCAGACCUUAUUUGAACCUUCAGGCCACUUUUGGGUCCACCAUUGUUGUGCAGCAUGGUCUUCUGGAGUGUGCCAGAAGGAACAGGUACUGGUGAAUGUAGACAAAGCUGUUCUCUCAGGGAAUACAGAGCAUUGUGCAUACUGUAAGCACCUUGGAGCCACCAUCAAAUGCUCAGAAGUGAAUUGCAAUCAGCUGUACCACUAUCCAUGUGCAGCUGGAGCUGGUACUUUUCAGGAUAUUAGAACUCUUACUCUGCUCUGUCCAGAACACAUUGAUCAGGCUCCUGAAAGAUCCAAGGAAGAAUCAAACUGUGCUGUGUGUGAUAGCCCAGGGGAACUUCUAGAUCAGCUUUUCUGCACUAGCUGUGGACAACAUUACCAUGGAGCAUGCCUAGACAUAGCUGUGACCCCUUUGAAACGGGCUGGGUGGCAGUGUCCAGAAUGCAAAAUCUGCCAGACCUGCAGACGUCCAGGUGACGACAGCAAAAUGUUGGUUUGUGACAUAUGUGACAAAGGCUAUCAUACGUUUUGUCUCCAACCAGCAAUGGAGUCAAUACCUACAAAUGGCUGGAGGUGUAAAAAUUGCAGAGUAUGUGUUGACUGUGGCACACGGACCAGCACUCAUUGGCACCACAACUGUUCACUUUGUGCUAGUUGUUAUCAGCAACAAGACCACAGCUUCUACUGUCCACUCUGUGGCAAAAUCUGCCAUCAAGACUCCCAAAAGGAUGCACUGCAUUGUCAGAUCUGCAAAAGGUGGAUUCACAUAGAAUGUGACAAAUCUUUGGAAAAUAAUGAGGGCGUUUUGGUAAAAGAAUGCUACAUCUGUACAAUGUGUAAAGAAACAGAAGGUGCAGAAGAAAAUGUUCAGUCCUGCGAUACUGGGAUUGUUGAUUGUGUUCUAGAAACUGAAGCAGGUGUUCCUGGCAUUAAUGGAGCUGUUGAGGAACAAUUAUCACAAGGAGAGGUAGUUCACCAGCCAGACAACGGUAUUAACCUUGCUGAAGAUCAGAAUAUUACAGUUAAGAAAAAUGAUUUGGCAACAGCGCAUACAACUGAACAUGCAGAGUCUGAUUUACCCAUGGAGGCUCUGGUUUCUGAAAAGGUACUUCAACAGCUUGAGAGUCCGACAGCAGUAAUGGUGGUGCAAGACACAGAGGUGAAUGAAAAUAAACCUGAAACACUAUUGCAACCUCAAGUAACUGAGGAGGCACACAAUUUAAAAGAAGGAGCAGCCCCUGUAAAAGAGUGUCAGAUUUGUGAGAACAAGACUGAACCAAUGGAGGUUUCUGCCACAGAAGUGUCAAAUAAUGGGCCUGUACAGGAGGUUACACCGACCAAGGAGCUUCCAGAAAUUGUACUGGUGGAUAAUGCGGCACAGAGAAGUGAAGAAAAAGAUUCCCAUGUGUCUCUCAGUAGCAGUGUUGAAGCUGAAGGAACUCCCAGUGAGUGGACGUCAGAGCUGAAUUCACCAAUUGAAAAUAAAACUGUCAAAGCAUUUGGAGAAACUGGCAAUAAUUAUGCCAACAGCAGCAAAUCCUCAGUUUCUCCCUCUUCUGUGACUGUUUCAGUUGGGGUGACUUCAGUGACUAAUGUGUCUUGCACUUCAGCUCCAGGCACAUUUGGUUCAGGAAUUCCUGCACCUACUUUCGUACCUCUGGUUCCAAAAAUAGGCAUGGGAAAACCAGCUAUUACCAAAAGGAAAUUCUCUCCAGGAAGACCCCGAAUGAGACAGGGCAUAUUGGCGACAAAUGCUAUGAGUUCCCCUUCCUGGUCUGCAAACAGUUAUGAAUUUCGAGAGAGUAUGGUAAAAACAAAGCAACCUCAGAACACCAUUUGGAGCGUCAAAGUGGGUCGUGGUGCUGGCUUUCCUGGAAAAAAGAGGCCACGUGGUGCAGGACAUCCUGGUCGGGGAGUUAGAGGCAGAUCUAAACUGAAAAAUGGCAUUGGUGCUGUUAUAACACCAGGAACUGGUGCCAUGGAAAUAAUUGUAAAUAAGGAGGAAGAUGAAAACUCUAUGCACAACACAGUUGUUUUGUUCUCUACCAGUGAUAAAUUUACCUUAAAACAGGAUAUGUGUGUUGUUUGCGGGAGUUUUGGGAAAGGUCCAGAAGGACGACUGCUUGUUUGCUCUCAGUGUGGCCAGUGUUACCAUCCUUACUGUGUCAGUAUUAAGAUCACUAAAGUGGUGCUGAGCAAAGGCUGGCGGUGUCUCGAAUGUACAGUGUGUGAAUCCUGUGGAAAGGCUUCUGAUCCAGGUCGUUUGCUUCUCUGCGACGAUUGUGACAUCAGUUAUCAUACCUAUUGCUUGGAUCCACCUUUGCAGACGGUCCCCAAAGGUGGCUGGAAAUGCCGAUGGUGUGUUACUUGCAUACAAUGUGGGGCAACCUCACCUGGUUUCAAGUGUGAAUGGCAGAACAAUUAUACACAAUGUGCUCCUUGUGCCAGCUUGACUGUCUGUCCAGUUUGCAAUAAGAACUACAAGGAGGAGGAACUUAUAAUACAGUGCCGACAGUGUGACAGGUGGAUUCAUGCAAUUUGCCAGAACCUGAACACGGAAGAUGAAGUUGAGACUGCAGCAGAUAAUGGCUAUGACUGUUUUACAUGUAGGCAAUAUGCGACGACAACUCCAGUGACUACCUCAGAAGGGACUGAUCUGUCUUUGGUAACACCUCAAGUUAUGGUAAAGACAAAGGAACCAGAGCCCACACGGACGUAUACACAGGAUGGUGUCUGCCUGACUGAGUUGGGUAUGUCACAGCUCCAAAGCCUCAGUGUUGCUCCACCACGUCGGAAGCGACCCAAGCCAAAGUUGAAGCUAAAGAUCAUAAAUCAGAACAGUGUGGCUGUUUUGCAAACUCCUGAUCCACAGUCCGAACAGUCCAGAGACAUAGAUGGAGAUAUGGAUGAUAGCAGAGUAGCUGAUCUAAUGGACUGUGAUGCAAAGUCUGAUACGCUUACUAGUCCAGAACGAGAACCAGCAGAUGAUGACCGUAAGGGAGGCGAAGGGUCAGACAGCCUUAAGAAGAGGAAAAGGAAACCAUAUAGACCUGGAAUUGGUGGUUUUAUGGUGCGCCAGAGGAGUCGGACAGGACAGAAUAAGUCAAAGCGUUCGUUAUCCAGGAAGAAUUCCACUGGUUCAGUCUCUGAUAUGAUGGCUGGGAAGGAAGAUGGUUGGGUUGAACAGCAAUCAGAGAUGCCUGUCGAUGCAGCAGCUGCUGUCCCUGAGAUUGUAGAGAAAAUGAAAAAGCGAUACAGGAAAAAGAAGAAUAAAUUGGAGGAAAUUUUUCCAACCUAUCUGCAGGAAGCCUUCUUUGGAAAACAUUUGCUGCAUACAAGUCGACAGAGCAAGUCCAUUUUGGAUGCUCUAUCUGAUGAAGAAUCAUCACAACUACCAAACAGAGCACCAAAUAUGAACGUAAACUUCCUGAAUCCUUCCUCUGACCCACUGUUGAGUUCAGCUGCAGCACAAGUGGCUACAAAACAACAGGGAGGGCAGGGUAACGGAGAUGAUCCACUUGCUGAUCUAUCAGAAGUCCUUACUACAGAAGAUGAUAUCCUUGGAAUACUUUCUGAUGAAUUGAGAAAAGCAAGAGAUGAGUCAGGUCUUGAUUUAUGCACUUUCCAGGUCGAGAAUUCACCAUCUCCAUUUGCUGGACUGGAUAUUGGCCCAAUUUCAGAGGAUCCAUCCUCCGUUUCCCAAUCAAGUGGAGGCCAAGGUUCACGACCUUUGACUGAGGAACAACUAGACCGAAUACUUAGCCCUGACCUUGAGAAAAUAGUCACAGAUGGUACAAUUCUGAGUAAUCUUUACAAAAUCCCAGAACUGGAAGGAAAGGAAGUGGAGGAUCUGUUCACAGCCGUGUUAAGUCCUUCAGCUAACCAGCCUCCUCCACCUGCACUGCCUUUGCCUCCACCUGACCAUGGAAAUGGAGGCUUUACCAGGGUUCCAGCUAUGAAUGGUGUGAUUGCAUCACAACACCAAACACCCUUAACACCUGGAAGUGGGCGAUGCAUCACCGCCAAUUACUCUUCUAUCCCUCAGUCACCAUUCCCUGAUGGCAACCGAGACAAGAACCAUACUUUUAGUCAAGUUGUUGGUGACGGACCCAGCCCAUGGGUACCCUCUGCUCCUGCUGUGGAAGUGGAAGGAGACACGCUAAACUAUACACAGCGGAGUACUCUGAAAUGGGAGAAGGAAGAAGCUCUGGGAGAAAUGGCAACAGUUGCCCCCGUUCUGUACACAAACACAAACUUCCCAAACCUGAAAGAAGAUUUUCCAGAUUGGUCUACCAGAGUUAAACAAAUUGCUAAACUGUGGAGGAAGGCAAGCUCUCAAGAGAGAGGCCCUUAUGUGCAAAAAGCAAGAGACAAUCGGGCAGCACUUCGUAUAAACAAGGUUCAAAUGACCAGUGAAUCUUUGAGAAGACAACAACAGGAAUGCAUUGAUUCUGUAUCUCGCCCUGAUAUUGACCUGCCAUUUAAGGAUCAAAUGAAGCAAAAGGAAUCAGAACAUGAGCAGGAAUGGAAGCUUAGACAGCAAAUGCGCCAGAAGAGUAAGCAGCAAGCCAAGAUUGAAGCGACACAGAAACUGGAACAAGUGAAACAUGAACAGCAGCAACAACAGCAACAGUUUGGCACCCAGCAAUCAACUGGCGGGGAUGAUUCCAACAGUCCUAAAGUAGGUGAACAGGACAAUGGACACUUGUCUCCGCUGCAACAGUUGCCCAAAGAAGGGUUUACAAGACCUCAGGUGCCUGGCACUUCUGCAUCAAUAUCAUCAGACGAUGUCUUCUUAAGACCUCAGGCUCCUCCUCCAACCCCAACCAGGACCCCUGUACAGGACUCAUUUACACAACCUCAGACUUCACAGCCACAGUCAGCACAGAUGUUUUCUUCAACUGCAAAUGGAUCCAGGCCAUCAUCUCCUUGGGAUCCAUAUGCAAAAAUGGUUGGAACACCAAGACCACCACCAGUUGCUCGGAGAAAUUCAGUGUCCUCUUUAGAUUCUUGUGCUGUUCCUCAAGGUGUUUCCAGACCAUCCCCAGCUACUGAACAGAUCGAGAAAAGUAGAUCUUCAUUAGUUAAUGAGUCUUUUGGUUCACCAGCACCAGCCAGCAAUGAUCCUUAUGCAAAAGCACCUGAUACACCUAGACCUGCCAUGACCGUAUCAACAGAUCAUUUUUCAAAGCCAUUAGGAUUGCCAAGACCACCAAUGAACCCUGAUUCCUUAGGCAAUGUACCAAUUUCAACUGAUCCUUUUGCUAAACCUGUACUCAGGCCUGAUGUGUUUCCUAGAAUUCAGAUGCCACAUAACCGAAUGGCACCUCAUGAUCUUUAUGCACGAUCACAACUAGCAUCAGGUCCAGCAGGUAAAGAAGGUGGAGGUGGUAACUUGUUUAAGACACCGAUGCUACCACUUCAGUCACCACAGGAUCCUUACGCAUCUGUGCCUCUAACUACAAGACGCAUUCCUGUAGAUCCGUUUGAAAAAACUGUAUUGACCCCUAGACCUAUGGAUAACUUUCCACAGAACCCAGUGCAGCCUCAGUCUCAGGCAGUGGAUCCAUAUGCACAGCAACCACAUACACCUCGUCCUGAGCCAUAUCCACAUGGUCAGAGACUUCCCCGGCAGACCCAGGGGGAUAUGUUUGUUCAGCCAGGAUCAAGGUCGAGAUGUUCUCCUCAGGAUCCUUAUGCACAGCCCCCUGGAACUCCUCGUCCUGCAACUGAUCCAUACGCACAGCCCCCUGGAACACCUCGUCCCACAGCUGAUCCUUUUGCACAGCCCCCUGGAACCCCUCGACCUGCAACUGAUCCUUAUUCACAGCCACCUUUAACCCCAAGGCCAGCUCCGGUUGAUCCAUAUGCACAGCAACCACAUACUCCAAGACCACCUCCACAGCAAGCAGAUCCAUAUUCCCAACCACCUGGAACUCCGAGACCCGGAGCUGGAGAUCGUUUUGUACAAUCACCAAUUGGUCAGCGAUAUUCUGAUCCAUAUGCACAACCUCCUGCAACCCCAAGACCCGUUGUUACUGAUGCCUUUUCACAACCUCCACAGUCUCCCAGACCUAUUACUACAGAGUCAUUUGACCGGCAAGCAUUGACGAGACCAAAUUUGUUGGCAAAUCAGGAUCUAUUCUUGCAACCACAAAAUAACAGAGCCCCAAAUAUGCAAGAUACAUUUGUACGACCCACUGAUCCACGUGGUCGAACUCCUCAAAAUUCCAGACAAGCUGGAAUGUCUGAUGACCCGUUUUCACCCCAUCCACCAUCACUGAGGCCGACUGGAGAUACAUUUGGACAUAUGGUGCAUGACCCAUAUGAUCAACCACCGAGGACCCCAAGACCUCAAACCAAUGACACGUUUGUGCAGGGGAGACUUAAUCAUGAUGUUAGUGACCAACAAGGAGCUCCAUCGGAUAGUCUGAAUUUCAACAGUUCCACAGAGUCGCCCAUAACUUCACAUGUUCAGCAGUUUCAUAGUGUGCCUCCAACACAAGAUCAAGCCCAAUCAGUGUUGACAUCUGAAACUCAAAAUAACACAAGCACAGGUCACAUGGACACUGAAGAGAAACAAAGACAGAGACUGAGAUUACGGGAACUGAUUCUCCGACAGCAACAGCAGAAGAAUGCAGUUCGACAGGAAAAGGGCCUGCAGGACCAAGCAAUGACAUCUGCAGCGACACCACUUAGGCACUGGCCACAGGAGGAUCUAAAAAGUCACAAUGAAUUAUUUGGAAGGCCACCUCCACCUUACCCUGGCAUUGUGAGAAUUCCACUUGCAUCUCAAGCUGGCCAAAGAUUUUCAGACCCUUUUACAAAUGAACCAAGGCGACGUUUUUUAACUGAAGGUCAAUUUAACAGACCUCAAUUUUCUGGAGAUGCCACAAGGAUGGUCAUGAGACCCCAAGGUCCAAGGUAUUCUUUUGCAGGAAAUGGACAAAGACCAUUUGCAAGUCAGGAACACUUUCUUGGACAGCAUCAGAUGCACAUGCAUGGUCCAGGUCUUCGACAACACCUAAGGAGAUCGUUGUCUGUGGACUUUACCAGGUCUUUAAACAAUCCACAGGUGAACAAUGGAGUGAUUAUUCCUCAACAUUUUCCUCCUCAGGGUAUGCAAAUGCAGCAGCACAAUAUUUUGGGUCAACCAUUCAUUGAACUUCGGCACAGAAUGCCAGAAAGUGGGCCACGGCUUCCUUUCCCAUCAGCUAGUGGCUUGGAUCCAACCAUCCAGCAGCAAAGACCUGGGGAAGUUAUGCCAGGACAGGGUGCCUUCACUUCAAGUCAAGGACCAAAAUCAUUAGACUCUAUGUCAAACCAGCAGAGUAUACGUAAUCAAAUGGAAAAUUGUAAUAACGUGGAUCAGCUUAAUCAACACCAACAGCAGCAGAUGCAUAUAAACCAUCCAGUAGUGCCCCUUUCCCGUUCCUUAAGCAAUCCUCCUGCAAGUCAGGCUUUUUCAUCAACUGUCUCCUUAUCUGCCAGUUCAUCUGCACAGGGAGAGGGUAUGGUAGAGAAACUUGAUCCUGAUGAUCCUUCAGUGAAAGAUCUUGAUGUUAAGGACCUUGAUGGAGUGAGAGAUCUUGAAGUUAAAGACUUGGAUGAUGAAGAUUUGGAAAAUUUAAAUUUGGAUCCAGUAGAUGGAAAAGGUGAUCCUGAUUUAGAUAAUUUAGACAAUAUAGAAACAAAUGACCCACAUUUGGAUGAUCUGUUAAAAUCAGGGGAGUUUGACCUUAUUGCUUACACAGACCCUGAGCUUGAUCUGGGUGACAAGAAGGAUAUGUUUAAUGAAGAAUUGGAGCUGAAUGAUCCAAUAGAUGUUAAACUGGAUGAACAUAAGACUGAAGAAGAAAAGAAAGGUGACCAGGAAGCCAAAGCAGGAGAACAACCGGGUAGUUUCCCUGAAAAAGAAGCUGCUGCAUUGCCAUGCGAAGGAUCCACUGAUAGUAGUCCUAAUGAAUCAAAGGGUUCUAUAAAAUCAGAAACUGUUACUGGUGAUGGAAAUCAUGAUGCUCCUUAUGGUGUGAGUACAGCUGAGUCUGAGGCAAAAGAUACAGUAACAGAUAGUGCUCCCACUUCUGACUCUUGUAUUGGCGGAGAACUGGAAAUCGCAAAGGAAGAAAGAGCUGAUGGUAACCAAGAAUUAACGGGGGCUAGCCCAAGUUUCAGUGACUCUCAGUCUUCUACCCAAACUUCUAUUUCCCUAGGAAGCAGUUCAUGUAAUCUGACUGGUUCUACUCCGGUCCUUUCAAAUCUGUUAACUGAGAAGCCAACUAAUUCUGGACUUGCAUCAUUGAGCUCACCUUCCAAUGUUGUGCCAUCACCCCAGCCACAUCCAGAAACAGGUGUCCCACAGUCACCCAAAAUGGCAGUUUCUCCAGGACAGAUGACUGAGAACCCAAUUAAUCCAAAUAUGCAAAUAGGGCAAAGGUUAAAACGUAGUUUCUCGCAAGGCCCUUCAGGAAAUCAGACCUUUUUUCAAGUUCAACCACCCAGCCAGAAUUAUGCAGCAGGGCAAACUCCGAGUCAAAAUGUGGCACUAACCAAUCAGCCGGGACCUAGUAAUCAGUCCAACACACAGCAAAUCAUGCUUCCUCAGGCAAUGGGUUCUCAGGGUCAGCGGGAGAGGCCGCUCCUUUUGGAAGAGCAACCCCUCCUGUUACAGGACCUUCUGGAGCAAGAAAGGCAGGAGCAGCAACAGCAGCGACAAAUGCAGGCAAUGAUACGCCACCGAUCCACUGAUUCCUUCUUUCCUAACGUCGAUUUUGAUGCUAUUACUGAUCCUAUCAUGAAAGCAAAGAUGGUAGCAUUAAAGGGAAUCAACAGAGUUAUGGCCCAAAGUAACUUGGGAAUGCCACCAAUAGUAAUGAACAGGUUUCCCUUCAUGGGUCAGCAAAUGUCAAGUCCACAGAAUGGAGAUGGUGGGCAGAAUCCCAUUCACCAAGGAGUUACCUCGGAUGGAAAUUUGGCACCUCAAAUGCAGCGACCAAACCCUCCAUCUUUUGGUCCUGGUUUCAUGAAUGAUGCCCAGAAGAAACAGUAUGAAGAAUGGCUUCAAGAAACUCAACAACUCCUCCAAAUGCAGCAGAAAUUUCUUGAGGAACAGAUUGGAGCCCACCGGAAAUCGAAGAAGGCUCUCUCAGCUAAACAACGCACAGCUAAAAAGGCUGGACGAGAAUUUCCAGAGGAAGAUGCAGAGCAGCUUAAGCAUGUAACUGAACAACAAAGUAUGGUGCAAAAGCAAUUGGAACAGAUUCGAAAACAGCAAAAGGAACAUUCAGAACUCAUGGAAGAAUAUCGUAUAAAGCAGCAGCAACAAUGUUCAAUGCUAUCAUCCUCCAUGAUGCCUGCUGGAUCAGCCCAGCUUCCCUCAAUUCAAGGUGGGACUCCAUCUUCAGUAACGCAACAGAAUUUCCCAAUGAUGCCACAGCAGCAGCCCAGACAACAAAUGCAGCCACCUGUUCCUCCACAGCCAGUGGGUAACAGAAUGGCUACUGCUCCUCAAUGGCAGUCUUGCAAUCCGAAUGCAGCUGCCCCUCCCCCCCUUCCCAUGGGUACCCCUAGGAUGCAGCACCCUGCACCACCUCAGUUGCCAAUAUCCAACACCCCAUCUACUCAAGGGGCAACAGUCACAGCAAAUCAACAGUCCAAUGUGCCACCGCGAGUCGAAUUUGAUGACAACAACCCAUUCAGUGAAAGUUUUCAGGAGAGGGAACGGAGGGAGCGUUUACGAGAGCAGCAGGAGAGGCAGCGAAUCCAGCUUAUGAAAGAAGUUGAACGUCACCGUGCUAUGCAAAAGCGAAUGGAGAUGGAGCAGCAGCAAGGGAUCUCCGAUUUGAAUGCGCCAACCCUGUCACAAAUGCCAUAUUUUAAUUCUGAGUUGCCUUGUGAUUUCGUGCAAUCUCAAAGACCCCCGCAGCAGGUGCAGCAGAUGGGUCUUAUUCCUCCCCAGCAACAGAAUCUGCUUCCACAAUUCAUGAAUUCACCUCCUCCAACACCUUAUAUGCAGUGCAGUGACAAUAGGCCAAUGGGGACGGCAGGAUUUGAGCCUGAAGGUCAUGCGGUCCCAGGUGGAUGCCCACCUAUCCAUCCUAUGAACCAGGUGCCAUCUGGUCUUGGCUUUCCACAGAACCCAUCACGCCCUCCAUUUGGACCAAAUAUGCCUGUUGGAUCUCAAGGGAAAGUUGAUGGAGGCCACUUUGGUCCAGAGAGUGGAAUGCAAUUACCAGGCAAUUAUCCAGGCCCAGGUCAAUCACUCAUACAACUUUAUUCCAAUAUUAUACCAGAGGAAAAGGGAAAGAAGAGAAGAAACAGAAAGAAGAAGAAGGAUGACGAAGAUGACUGUGCGAGGACACCAUCUACUCCUCAUUCUGAUAUUACUGCACCAACCACACCCAUUGUUGCUGACUCUGCUAAUGCAGCUGUUAAUCUACCUGGUGAUUUUGUAUAUAAUCAAGGUGAGAAUGAGAAUGGAGAGUUAAAUCAAUUAGCUAAUAAUUCAAGUGACAACCAACCUCCAUCUGAACUUGAACGUCAGCUUUCUUCCAAUGUUAGUGUACCACAGAGAAUAGUGUUACAGCAGCCCUGUCUCCCCUCUGAAACAGAACAUAGUCCAUCAAAUGAAGCUGCCAGGCCAAACUCAGUGAAGGUGGAACAGACAGAAACUACAGAGUGCCAUGAGCAUGCACAACACAAUAUGGAAACGCAGAACCAGGUGAAGUUGGAGGAGAAAAUUGGCAUGCAACAGCCUGCUGUUUCAACACACGGACCAGCUGCUGGAGCAAACGUACCAGCAUCAAAGCAAGAAUCAGGGAAUGAGCUCCUGAAACAUCUUCUGAAAAAUAAAAAUCCUCCACUGGCUGCUCCCCAAAGAUCUGGAGAAAAAUCUGAAGAUGAAUCUAGUAUGGAAAGCAGACUGGUGAAGAAGCAGAGUCCAUUCGAGGGGCAGAGUCCACCAAGUGGAUAUAACUUUGAUGGAAAGAUGAUUCAGCUGCAAAGGAAGGAUUCAGAGGAAGAAAAGAAGCGUCCAAAAAACAAACGAUCGCAGAAAACGGCUGAGAAGACAGCGUCACGUUAUAAAAAACGAAGAAAAGAUGAGGAAGACAGGCAUGCAAUCUAUCCUAAUACUGAUGUUCUAAUGAACCAGUUAAAGCAGCAACUGACUCUUCUUCCAUUGCUGGAGCCAACAAUCAGUGUGAAUUUUGCUUACUUUCCUCCCUAUGGUAGUGGACAGUUAAAUGGUGAUAAUCUGCUAACUGGGUCUUUUGGAAGUGCUGCUCUUGACAGUGUCCCAGAUUAUUACUCUCAGUUGAUUUACAAGAACAACCUUAGCAAUCCUCCCACCCCACCAGCUUCCUUGCCUCCUACACCACCACCUGUGGCUAGACAGAAGAUGGUGAAUGGUUUUGCUACAACUGAGGAGCUUUCUGGAAAACCAGGAGUAAUUGUACAUCAUGAUGUGACCAAAGGCCUUGGGCCAAAACAGUACCAGCUACCUUUUAGACCUGAGGAUGAUUUAUUGGCAAGAGCUUUGGCCCAUGGACCGAAAACAGUUGAUGUUCCUGCCUCCCUACCAACUCCACCUCAUAACAACCAUGAGGAACUAAGAGGUCAAGACCAUUGUGGUGAUGACGAUCGUGACUCCCCAGAUAGCUUUGUAGCAUCAUCGUCUCCUGAAAGUGUGGUGGGUAAGGAGGUCAGCAGAUAUCCUGAUCUGUCCCUGGUGAAAGAAGAGCCACCAGACCCAGCUCCAUCCCCAGUCAUUCCCAUGCUUCCAAGUUCCACUGGCAAAGGUUCAGAAGCUAGACGGAGUGAAGUUAAGAUGGAGCCAACCUUCGGCAAUAUGGGUUCAUCUAUGUAUUUUAAAAAUCAGUUUGCACAGUCCCAAAAUGGACCUAAAAUUGGCUUUGUGUCCGUAGCACUUACAUUGACUCCAACUGCAGCUGAGGACAUUAGUGGUGUUGUGGCAGCAGUGGCUGAUCUCCUGCGUGUUAAAGUUCCCAACAGUUAUGAAGUCAGCAGUGGACCUGAACCAUCUCCAAUGCCUUUGAUAAAUGCAUACAAGUUCAACCAAACCUUUGAAAGUAGGCCAUCGCUUAUGGCUCAAGCUUCCCACCCUGGAUUUACUGGCCCUGUCAAGAUUAUGAGACCUGUUGGACCUUCAAGUCUCCCAUAUAUGAUUCCUCCCCAUGGCACAGUGGCGCUCAAAGCAGAUAAUCGAGCAGUCAUGAACAGCUCCACCACCUCUAAACCUCAAUGGUGCCGUCAUUGUGAUGUUGUGGUGCUUGGUAAUGGUGUACGGAAGACACUCACAGAUCUUCCAUAUAAUAAGCAGGAUUCAAGAGAUGGAACAGGAAAAGCAGAGACCGAUAUUGUCUUUUGUAGCAAUAGUUGUUUUGUGCAGUAUGCAAUGGCCACACAAGCAAAAACUCCGGAUUCAAAGCAGGAAGUUCCAUCUGUAGUGGCGGAGCAACAACCCAAGGAUGUGACGCGAAACACAUUUCAUCAUUACAACAACAACACCUCUCCUUUGGAUGUCCAUCGCCUUCCACUGAUUCAGGAGAAUGCAGUUUCUCCAACGACUCCCAGUGUUUAUUUCCCACCAGCUAACCUGCAGAUGUUUAAACAAGAUCCAAAGCCUGAAGAUCUCAAGGUAACCGUGAAGCUGAAACCUAGGCCGAGAUCACUGCAGGGAGGUUUGGAUGAUAAUCGUCCCAUUAAAAGGUGGAAAGGGAUGAAGUGGAAAAAGUGGAGAGUUCAAAUAGUCAUUCCUAAAGAACAUUUAAAGCUGGUGUCUGAAGAGGAAAUUGAUGAACUUCUAAACAAACUUGGGACAUCCUUAAAGCCUGAACCCAUGCCCCGAGAUUAUAGGAGAUGUUGCUUAUGUCAUGAAGAAGGUGAUGGAACAACUGAUGGGGCAGCAAGGCUCCUGAAUCUUGAUCUCGAUCUCUGGGUCCACUUAAAUUGUGCCCUCUGGUCCACAGAAGUAUAUGAAACACAAGCUGGCGCCUUGAUUAAUGUUGAGUUGGCUUUGAGGCGGGGCCUUUCCAUGAAAUGUGUUUUCUGUCAUAAAAUGGGAGCUACUGGUACAUGUCAUCGGAUAAGAUGCACCAAUAUUUAUCACUUUACCUGUGCCAGUAAAGCCCAAUGUAUGUUUUUCAAGGACAAGACUAUGCUCUGCUCAUUACAUAAACCAAAGGGACCUCACGAGCAAGAGUUGACCUAUUUUGCUGUCUUUAGAAGAGUUUAUGUACAACGGGAUGAAGUAAAACAAGUAGCCAGCAUUGUACAACGAGGAGAACGCAACCACACAUUUCGGGUUGGAGGCUUAAUUUUCCACGCCAUCGGACAACUCCUCCCACAACAGAUGCAUUCUUUCCACAGUUCAGUAGCACUCUACCCGGUUGGCUAUGAAGCAAGUCGGUUUUACUGGAGCACGCGUUACUCCAACAAACGCAGCCGGUAUCUCUGCUCCAUUGAAGAAAAGGAUAGUGUUCCAGAAUUUGUGGUCAGAGUCAUUGAGCAAGGUCAUGAGGAUCUGGUCUUAACAGGAAGCUCUCCAAAAGGAGUGUGGCAAAAACUUCUGGAGCCCAUAGCACGUCUCCGAAAAGAUGCUAAUAUGCUGAAACUCUUUCCAGACUACCUUAGGGGAGAUGACCUCUUUGGCUUGACUGUUUCUGCAGUCACAAGGAUAGCUGAAUCGCUGCCUGGAGUAGAGAAUUGCGAAAACUACACGUUUCGCUAUGGUCGCAAUCCACUGAUGGAACUUCCACUUGCAAUAAAUCCUUCAGGCAGUGCCCGAUCCGAGCCCAAGAUGAGUACCCAUGUCAAGAGGUUUGUGUUAAGGAACUUCAGAAUUUGUUUCUUUCUCUCCUUCUUUUCUCGUUGCUUGGUGCCAAAUCGUGCUAGGCCACAUACGCUGAACAGUACCAGUACAUCCAAGUCUUUUCAGAGCACAGUCACGGGAGAGCUGAAUGCACCUUAUAGCAAGCAAUUUGUUCAUUCCAAAUCCUCUCAGUAUCGUAAAAUGAAGACCGAGUGGAAAAUUAAUGUGUAUUUGGCCCGUUCUCGGAUCCAGGGUCUUGGUUUGUAUGCUGCCCGAGACAUUGAGAAACAUACUAUGGUUAUUGAGUACAUCGGAACAAUCAUCCGUAAUGAAGUGGCUAACAGGCGGGAGAAACUUUAUGAAUCUCAGAAUCGUGGAGUGUACAUGUGUAUUGACAAUGAUCAUGUUAUUGAUGCAACUUACGGAGGUCCUGCAAGAUAUAUUAAUCAUUCCUGUGCACCAAAUUGUGUGGCUGAGGUGGUGACCUUUGAGAAAGGACACAAAAUAAUCAUCAGCUCCAAUCGUAGGAUUCAGAAAGGAGAGGAGCUGUCCUAUGAUUACAAAUUUGAUUUUGAAGAUGACCAGCACAAGAUCCCAUGUCAUUGUGGAGCUGUGAACUGCCGUAAAUGGAUGAACUAAACGCAUUCCUUGCAAUAUUUCUGGGGUUGCUUGUCCCUGGAAAGAGAUGCUCUCUUUCUCUUUUGUAUAAAUCAUACAUUCACACAAACAUAUUAAUACACACAUGCACAUAUGUUAAUGCACACACAUAUUAAUACACGUGCACAUAUAAACACGCGCAUAUAAACAUGCACACAUAAACACACGUACACAUAAGCACGCACAUAUAAACAUGCACACAUAAACAUGCACACAUACACGCACACAUAAACAUGCACACACAAACACACACCUUAUAAAAGUAAGCCUGGAGUUCACAAAUGAUUCUCCUCAUCUCCAGCAGCAGCACAGAGUUGUGUAACAAGCAUAAACUGAAGACUGGCUGGCAUGUCAGUCACUCCCAUCUGUCCAUUUAUAAUACAGGUGGAAGCAGAUUAUUAAUUGGUCUAGCACUGGAGUUACUGUCCUGUAUCGACUAAAAUGAGCAAUGGUUUUACUAGGAAAAGAACCAAUGGCUGACCUGCUUACAAGUAGGGUAGGCACUUAUGAAUGUAGGACUGAAUUCACCAGCUAGGGGAAGGAUCAACAGUGCUGGCCACAGCCUUAUUUGCAAGGGGCAGGCCCUCUAGUUUAAAUAAAUAAUUAAUUAAAAGUAGACACCACUGAACAAGGAAUGUACUGAGGUGACUUCCUUAGGGAUACAGCUAAGGGAAAUAACUUGCACUAAAAACAUUUAAAAUACUUGAUUCCAUGAGUCAGUUUAUUGUAGUUUUUUGAUUUCUGUAUGAUAAAAGAGAAACAUUUUUGUAUUUAUUGGAUAAGUGAAUGAAGCUAUUUUUAAAAAUAAAAGUAAAAGAAAGCAAAGCUGCUGCUGUUACCUGCAGAUAUAAAAACCCUGUUACUUUGUACAAAGUGUAAAUAAAGUGAGGAAUAUACAAUAUAAAAGAAAUGACCAAAUGCUACCUGACACUGCAGCCAUUUGCUUUUAGUGGAGUCCUCUGAGUCAGGUUACAUGGUAUAUAAUUUUAACCAACUGUGAAUUAGGUUCAAAACCACACCCAGGUAGCGGCUAGAAGCUCCUUUAGCAAGCCUAGAUGUAAAGGUAGAGGAUUGCAGGCAUAAUACAUACAGCAGAAUCAUGUUAAGGGUUGUAGCCUCAAAGAUAAUUUUUAUUUUUAAGCAAAAUUAUGAGAUGUAAUUAUGCUAACACUGCAGGAUUUUUGGCAAUAGGGUUUUGGAAUAAAUGAGAAAAUAGGCACAAAAAUAAUAUUUGUAUGGAUUGUUUUUGUUUACAUUUCUUUAAACAAACACUGUUUUGUGUUGGCUUGUAGAAGUUUAAAAUGCAUUUUGAACCAGGUUAGCUUUAUUUUGUACUUACAGAAAAGAGAAAUAACUGGUACUGACACUUCACAACUAUUAAGUUCAAAAUGAAGUUUGUGUGCACAUUAUCAGUAAAUUGUUAUAUUCAAUGAAACAGUCAUAAAUUGUAAUGUAUAUGGCAUGUUGUAUUUUUUACAUUACAGAAGAAAUCAAUUGUACAUAGUUCUUCUUGAUAAAUAGCUGUAUGAAUUUGUUUCUUGGAUUUUUUUUUCUCUUGUAUAAUAUUCCAACAUCCUACCAGUAUUUGUCUUACAGUUUUUUCUGUCCUGUACAAUAGUAUCUAAUGUUGGGGGAAAAAGAGCUUUUUUUUUGAAGUGUAAAGAGUGUUAUUGGGUUUUGGAGUUUGUGCAACCAGAUUAGGAGAUCAGCAUUUACAAAUAAAAUAUUUUACA